ACUGUAACUGUAUACGUAACCUCCGAUCCCUAAACCCUCGAAAUACCCUAAAAUGGCGCCCACAGCACCAGUCCAACUCCACCGGUACCCACAAAGGCAUUACAUCGACGCUCUCAGGUGGCUCCCUCGACUCUCCGCCUUCCACCGCCAUAUCAUCCUUGCUGCUUUCGACUCUGACACGUCUUCCCCCUACCUCCAACUUCUUAGCUUAUCCCAAUCGCAGCAUUCGGAUUCAGAUCCCGAAAUUCCUGAACUCAGUGUGGAAUCAUCCCUUUCUACCCCAUCUCGGAUCUCUUCCCUGAAAGCCUGCCGAAACUCCAGUAAACCACUCAUUGCGGCCGCUACAUCUUUUGGUUCUCUCUCGAUUCUCUCUGCUGAUUUGAUGAAUGGGUCGUUAAAUGUCGAAACCUCGGUGUCUGAAAGAGCUUUUCACUCCGGACCCAUCUUGGGGAUUGAUGUGUGUGAAAAUGGGUCGGAUGUUGUUACUGUUGGGGAAGAUGGAAAGGUGAAUUGGAUCAACAUUGGGGGAGGAAUUGGGGAGAAGUUGAAAUUUCAAAACGUUUCUGGCAAUAAUGGGCUGGUCUCUUAUCACGCAGUUAAGUGGGCUUCUCCAGUGGAGUUUGUGACGGGUGGAUUGGGGCAUAGCCUGCAGUGGUGGGAUCUGAGACGGCCAGGUGGACCGGCUUAUCAGUUUAAAGGAGAUUGGAAUCAUGGAGCGACAUCGGGUAUUGUGCACUCAAUUGACAUCCAUCCAUCGAGGAAGCAUGCCUGUCUUGCAGGAGGUUCCUCUGGUACUGUGUUUGUAUGGGAUCUUCGUAGACAACAGUCUAUAGCUCUUUCUGGCAUUGGGACCAAUGAUUCAUCUGUCCAGGCACUGUCAGAAAGUGAGGUUUGGGAGGUUCAGUAUGACUGUCCCUAUUCUUCCAGCAGCGCACUCUCUUCAGCUUCUUGUUAUCUUCCUGCCAUGAUUUGCUCAGAGGAUGGCAUCCUUGGUGUUAUAGAGCAAGGUGAAGAGCCUAUUGAACUUCUGGCUGAACCAUGUGCAAUCAACAGCUUUGACAUUGACAAGCAAAACCCCUUGGAUGUGAUCUGUAGCCUGGAAUGGGAAUCCAUAGCCAUAUUGUCAAGGUCUGACAUAGCUGCCACAUCCAGAUCCAAGGUUUUUUAGCUAGACUAGAUGAUGUAACUCUACUUUCUGCCAUAUUUAUGAACUCUUGUGUGUGCUCGUCAACUGUAAAUUGUACCAUCAUGACAAGGCGUGGAGAACUGAUGGAAUCAUGACAGGUUAAUGCUAUAUGAAAGAAACCCACACAGUGAUUGCUCAUGCUACUAUUCUACCAAAGAAAGCCAUUAUUUCAGUGAUUGCUCUGCAAGGGCCCUUUGAGUGAUUGAUUGACAACGUUGUGCCAUGUUGAAAAUUGCAUUUCAUUCUUCACUUUAAUGUGCAAAUUUGACCAAGAAAAUUGCAUUGCAAAUUUUUGUAGAGCGCAAUACAUUGAGAAAUGAAACACACUACCAAGUAAAGUUGAAUCAGUAAAACUUCAUCUGGAUGGUAUUCUAUAGUCGUUUUGUAACUACCUAAUCCCCAAUUACCCCCCCCCCCCCACCCACCCACACCUUAAUGUGUUUCCCUUAGAAGUUUGCAACCUGUAAAUUGUUGAAUACUAAUGAAGAAAAUUCAAGUAUAAAGUGUGU